CACAAUUAUCAUUUUGUGUUUGUGGCGUAAAAGUGUUGUUGCUCCACUAAACAACUCACUAGUUUUAUAGACAAAAUAUAGGAAAAUAAUGCAAUUACCGUGCGGAAGCUGAUUGCGCCGUACACUCAACGCAUUAUUACUCAAUCGCCAGCAGAAAUACACAACUAUUUACAAUGGAUAAUAUCUUAAUCAAAAUGGAAACAUCAGAAGAGUCGGAGUCGCAUGAUAAAGCCCUGGAUCAAUUGAAAUAUGAUUUAAACAGCACCAACUCUGAUUCUGACAAUUAUGAUGAAGACUCUAGGGAUGCAGCACUUGCAAUUGAAGAAAACAUGUUAAAACAAGAAACAGAACACAAGGAUGACAGUGGAAGCACAUCAGAUAUGAAUACUAGUUUCUCAGAGGAAAUAAGGCCUGAAAUCAAGGAGGAACAUUCCGAUAUAAUGACACAGUUAGACUUAAGUAACUUGGACACAUCAGUGGAGUCAAUCACACAGAAAGCUGGAGGAAGUUCACCAAGCAAAAAAGACCAAAAGUCAAAGAAAGAAUUAGAGGAAGAAGAAAGAGAAAAAAUGCAGGUUUUGGUUUCAAAUUUUACUGAAGACCAACUAGACAGAUAUGAAAUGUACAGAAGAGCAGCAUUUCCAAAAGCAGCAAUAAAACGUCUCAUGCAAACCAUCACGGGUUGUUCAGUCUCACAAAAUGUCGUCAUUGCCAUGGCAGGCAUAGCAAAAGUAUUCGUGGGCGAAGUGGUCGAAGAAGCGCUGGAUGUCAUGGAGGAGCAAGGGGAGAAGACUGGCCCACUACAACCGAAGCAUUUACGCGAGGCGAUAAGGAGGAUGCGACUGAUGGGCGGCAUUCCGAACGGGCGCAUGUACACUAAGAAUAAUUUUAAAGUCUAAUGUAUGAAAUAGUAAUAAAUGCAAAAGCACAAAUGCAUCUCUAA